AUGGUUCUCUUGACCAUGACAGAGUCCAUUGUGGAGUGUCUGGCGAACGCGCACACUGAAGCCAUGCUACCUGGCGACUCUAGCGAUCCAUCUGUCGCGAGUCCUGCAAUCGGCAACCCGAUCCUUCAUAGCCAAAUACUACGACUUUCGAAAUGUCAAACAAAAUUUCGCUUAGAGGAGCUGCUGAGAGGGUCGCAAGUCUACGUCGCGCCGCCAGCACCGAAACCUGCCAAGGUACGCACACAACCACUGUACCCGACACAAGUUAUCCCUCGUUUCACAUUUUCUUACAUCAAGCCCCAGUCACCCGAGUAUCUAGCCCUCAUGGCCAAGCUUCGCCGAGAGGAAGAUGCACGCGCCUACGAGCGAAUGAUCAACCCUCCCAUCCCGCUCGAAACAUUCAAGCAUCGAUUCCCAGACGCGGCGCGAUCGUUCGCCGCCGCAAACAAACCAACGAGCGACACGGACCUUGGCGACGAUGAUGUUACAUACAACGAGAUACACAGGCAGGUCAUGCUGCUGAUCAACUUCCUGGUCAGCAUCGCCGGCGUAGCUGCCACGCUUUGGAUACUUGGCCGAUGGUGGAGCCUGCCAGCCCGUCUGUUCCUUACCAUGGGUGGCAGUAUACUAGUCGCUAUCGCCGAAGUCGCGGUGUACGGCGGCUACGUCUGGCGCCUGGGGGAAGCAAAGCGGAAAGAAGAUACCCGGCCAGAGCGGAAAGAGGUGGUGCAAACAUGGGUUAUAGGGAAAGAUGGUGAUGGCGGUGGCGGCCACGAGGAAAAGGUCGUAUUAUUGUCUGGGAAGGCGAAGGCCACCGACAAUCAAGUAACAAGACGGGUUGUAACAGGUACAACCGCAGACUGA